GGCGGUGGAGGCCGGAGGGAGAGCACACGCGCCGGGGAACCCGGAAGUGGCUGUGCGGUGGAGCCGGAGCUGCCUACGCGGGGCUCCCGCGGCCCGGCCGGCCCGGGGGCGCGGAGCCUCCGGAGGCGGUUGGAAGGGCAGUGCUUGACCCGUAAUACGGAAAUCUUUCAGGAUGCUGGAGUCCUAUGUAACUCCUAUUUUGAUGAGUUAUGUGAAUCGCUAUAUAAAGAACUUGAAGCCUUCGGAUCUACAGUUGUCACUCUGGGGAGGAGAUGUUGUACUUAGUAAACUUGAAUUAAAGUUGGAUGUACUUGAACAGGAGCUGAAGCUACCGUUUACUUUUUUAAGUGGGCAUAUUCAUGAACUUCGGAUUCAUGUGCCAUGGACAAAGUUGGGAUCAGAACCAGUUGUCAUCACUAUCAAUACAAUGGAAUGCAUCUUGAAAUUAAAGGAUGGAGCUCAGGAAGACCAUGAAAGUUGUGGUUCCAGUUCUACAAACCGCAGUACCACAGAAAGCAUGAAAUCAGCAGUAAAACCACGACGAGUUCAGCAAUCUGCUUCUCCUGACCCUGAUUUACCUCCAGGUUAUGUUCAGAGUUUGAUUAGGCGUGUUGUGAACAAUGUCAACAUUGUGAUCAACAAUCUCAUAUUAAAAUAUGUGGAGGAUGAUAUUGUUCUCUCAGUCAAUAUCACUUCUGCAGAAUGCUAUACAGUGGAUGAGUUUUGGGAUCGAGCUUUUAUGGACAUCUCUGUUAAGAACAUGUAUGCAUACCUUGUUUUUCUUAUGCAAUGUAUUUUUUUUUUAACCUAUCUACUUCUUUUAAAAGCCACCGAUCUGGUACUGAGAAAGAUGAUCAACUUUUCUGACUGCACAGUCUGUCUCGAUAAGAGAAAUGCUAGUGGUAAAAUUGAAUUUUACCAGGAACCUCUGCUGUACAAAUGUUCGUUCAAGACUCGUCUGCAUUUUACUUAUGAUAACCUCAACUCCAAAAUGCCAUCUAUUAUUAAAGUUCACACAUUAGUUGAAAGUUUGAAACUUUCAAUCUCUGAUCAGCAGCUUCCUAUGUUUAUACGUAUAAUGCAACUUGGAAUUGCUCUUUAUUAUGGAGAAAUAGGCAACUUCAAAGACGGGGAAAGCGAAGAUUUGAUUUGCCACACUAAAGAUAUGUUGGGAAAUAUCACGGGCACAGAAGAUGAAACGAGCUCAGUAAUGCAAUAUCCAACACAGUAUAUUAAUCAAGAUCCUUAUUUGCAUCAAGACGAUGACCAGCAGCAAGGAUGGGUUUCUUGGGCUUGGUCUCUUGUUCCUGCUAUUGUGAGUUACGAAGAUGAAGAGAAUGAUUCUAGUGGAAAUGGUGAUGGAUCGACGCUACAUCAGCAGAAAUCUCCGUCCCUCAAGGAUCCUAUUAUUUCAAUUGGGUUUUACUGUACAAAGGCAACAGUGACUUUUAAGCUCACUGAAAUGCAAGCUGAAAGCAGUUAUUACAGCCCUCAGAAAGUUAAAUCCAAAGAAGUUAUAUGCUGGGAACAAGAAGGAACCACAGUUGAGGUCCUUAUGAAAGGUGAACUUUUCUUUGAUUGCCAAAUAGGUUUUGUUGGUUGCCAAGCUAUGUGCCUUAAAGGAAUUAUGGGAAUUAAAGACUUUGAAGAGAACAUGAAUAGGAGCGAAGAAGAGGCCUACUUCUUUAAUUGCGGAGAAAAUUUGAGUGCAAAAGGGAUGACGUACCUUACGAAUUCACUAUUUGAUUACAGAAGUCCAGAAAAUAAUAGUAUUCGUGCAGAAUUUAUUUUGGAUGCAGCUCAUCAUAAGGAGACGUACACAGAGAUAGCUGGAAUGCAGAGGUUUGGGGCUUUCUACAUGGAUUACUUGUACACAAUGGAAAGCACCAGUGGCAAAGUUUCUGGGAAUCAGCAAGACCUUUCUUCAGUAAAGAGUGAAGAUUUUGGAAGUGUUCAGGAGAUGUCUACAAAAAGCCUGGUUGUGGGCCCACUCAAUCUUCGAUUGGAUAGCAGCGCGGUACACCGGAUAAUGAAAAUGAUAGUUUGUGCUCUGGAACAUGAAUAUGAGCCAUACAGCAGAACUAAGCCAGAUAUUAUGGAUGGAAAUAGAACUAUGCCAAGCUCAGAAGAAGUAGCAUCAUUGGAGGAAUACAUUCCCACUCGACUUACAACAUUAACUGUUCUUAAGUGUACGAUUAUAAUCCCUGUGGCAGAAUUCAAUUUACUAGACCACUUGAUGCCAAUAAUCAUGGGUGAGAAGAACUUAAGCGGACUGUUAAAUGCUGCAAGCUUCCAGCCCCUGCGGCCUUUACCUUCCAUCCGAAUUUUGGUGGAUAAGGUUAACCUGGAGCACUCAGUGCCCAUGUAUGCCGAGCAACUGGUGCAUGUGGUCAGCAGCCUCGGCCAGCCGUCGGACAACCUGCUUCAUUACUGUUACUCGCACUGCUAUCUGAAGAUAUUUGGUUUUCAAGCAGCACUGACUUCUUUGGACAGCAAAGGAUUGUACUGCUUCCCUGUUCCAGUUAUUCCUUCAUUCAGUACUGCUGUUUAUGGCAAGCUGAUCAAGUUUCCAAAAUAUUGGACCAAGCGAGCUCACGUCCCGCUAACAGAAUGCAUAUUUGAGCUUCCUAAUUUGACAGUUCAAGCAACUAGAGCUCAAACCCUUCUUCUUCAAACUAUUUAUCAGAGCUGGUGUCAUCCUGCUGGAAAUGUCAGUUCGGUGGUGGUAAAUGAAGCUUUACUGAAUGAGGUUUUCCAAACUUCAGGUGUGAAAUCUAAGAAUCCCCUGCCAACUCUUGAGGGCUCGAUCCAGAAUGUUGAAUUGAAGUACUGCGGCACAUCAUUGGUCAAAUGUGCCUCUGGGACCGUGGGAUCAAUAAAAAUUUGUGCCAAAGCCCCAGGUGAUGGAAAAGAGAAGCUGAUUCCUUUAAUUCAAGGCCCUUCUGACACCAGAGACUUACAUAGCAGUAAAUGGCUCAAUGAGAGUAGAAAGCCAGAAUCUCUCUUAGCUCCAGAUUUGGUAGCCUUUACAAUCCAAAUUCCACAGUAUAUGGACUACUGCCAUAAUUCUGGUGCAGUACUCUUGUCCAGCGUACAAGGAUUAGCAAUUAAUGUUGAUCCAGUCCUAUAUACUUGGCUUAUCUACCAACCUCAGAAACGAGCUAGUAGACACAUUCAGCAGCAGUCUGUAGGAACUGUUCCGCUUGGUGUGUCAGUAACUCGCAAGAAAGAGGAUGAAGCAUCAGUUGGAAGUGCCCCUUUGGCAAGGCAGCAGUCAAAUCAAGCCUCUGAGUAUGCCAGCAGUCCUGUCAAAACCAAAACAGUAACAGAGUCUCGUCCUUUGUCACUUCCUGUGAAAACCAUGCUGAACUCAUCUGAAAGCUGCAGAAGUCCUGAAGAAAGAAUGAAGGAAUUUAUUGGAAUAGUGUGGAAUGCAGUUAAACGCCUUACACUUCAGCUUGAAGUGCAAUCUUGUUGUGUAUUCCUUCCGAACGACAGCCUGCCUUCCCCAAGUACUAUUGUAUCGGGCGACAUUCCUGGGACUGUGCGGAGCUGGUACCAUGGGCAGGCCAGUAUGCCUGGCACACUUGUUGUCUGCUUGCCCCAGAUAAAGAUUAUGAGUGCUGGACACAAACACAUGGAACCAUUGCAGGAAAUCCCAUUUGUUGUGCUGAGACCCAUCCUGGAAGAAGGUGAUGCUUUUCCGUGGACUAUUAGUCUGCAUCAUUUCAGUAUAUAUACUCUCCUUGGACAACAGAUGACACUUAAUUUAGUGGAGCCAAUGGGCUGCACUUCUACUUUAGCUGUUACUUCACAGAAACUGCUUGCUUCGGGGCCAGAAUCCAGACACUCAUUUGUUGUCUGCCUCCAUGUCGACCUUGAGUCCCUUGAAAUAAAAUGCUCCAACCCCCAGGUGCAGCUUCUGUAUGAACUGGCUGAGAUCACAAGUAAAGUUUGGAAUAAAAUUCAGAGGAAAGGAAUUCUAUAUCAAUCUUCUGUCUACACUGAAACCACGUCAGGACCAGUUCCUCCCAGCUCUCCAGUUAAAAGUAGCGUUGGUACUGCUCCACCGGAUACCAGCACAUACAGCCCAUCCGCUGACAUUGGGACUACUACAGAGGGUGAUUCUCUUCAGGGUGGUGAUGAUUCUCCCUUCUCAGACUCAAUUACAUUGGAACAAACAACAAGUAAUAUCGGAGUCUCAAGUGGACGUGUCAGCCUAUGGAUGCAGUGGAUGUUGCCAAAAAUUACUGUAAAAUUGUUUGCUCCUGAUCCUAGAAAUAAUGGCACAGAAGUUUGUGUUGUCAGUGAAUUAGAAGAUCUCAGUGCCUCAGUGGAUGUGCAAGAUGUCUAUACCAAAAUCAAAUGUAAAAUAGAAAGCUUCAAUAUUGACCAUUACAGAAACAGCCUUGGGGAAGAUUCUUGGUCUCUGGGGCAAUACGGAGGUGUGUUCCUUUCCUGUACUGACAAGCUGAACAGACGUACCUUGUUGGUUCGACCCAUCAGCAAGCAGGACCCUUUCAGUAGUUUCUCUGGCUUCUUCCCCUCUACAACGGCAAAACUUUUAGAUGGCUCACACCAACAACAUGGAUUUCUUUCUCUCACUUACACCAAAGCUGUGACAAAAAAUGUCCGGCACAAACUGAUAUCAAGAAAUGAACGAAGAACAUUUCACACGCUAUCAGAAGGUCACACUGAUGGUUCUCCUCACUUUCUUCAUGAGAUCCUUCUCUCUGCUCAGGCCUUUGAUGUGGUCCUCUGUUUUCCAUUGCUUAAUGCAAUUGCAAGCAUUUUUCAAGCCAGGUUGCCAAGGAGUCAAAAGGAGAAAAGAAAAUCACCAGGCCAACCUAUGAGGACUCAUGCUCUAACUUCCCGCAACUUACCUCUGAUUUAUAUCAACACCGGUGUGAUAAGAGUCUUCUUUCCCAAAAAUGAGGAAGAUCAUCAUACUGCUGAAGUUAAUCCAGCAAUUAAAGAAGACACUUUGGUUCUCAAGAUUGGAUCUGUCUCUAUGGCUCCUCAGGCUGACAACCCUCUUAGUAGAGCUGUGCUCAGAAAAGACAUUUAUCAGAGAGCACUGAAUCUAGGAAUACUUCGAGACCCUGGAUCAGAGGUUGAAGACAGACAAUAUCAAGUAGAUCUUCAAUCUAUAAACAUUGGUACUGCUCAUUGGAAUCAGUUGAAACCAGAGAAGGAAAAUGGAAAAGGAGGCGUUUUGACAGAGAGUGAAAGAAAUUCUCAAAAUCCAGCGCUUGAAUGGAACAUGGCCAGUAGCAUAAGGCGUCAUCAGGAGAGGAGAGCAAUUUUAACUCCAAUUUUAACGGAUUUCACAGUUCGAAUAACUGCAGCUCCUGCAAUUAUUUUUACAAAAAUUGAUGCUGCAGAGAAUUUGCACACAGAGGAAAUUCUGGUGUGUGGUCAUUCUUUGGAAGUGAAUGUGACAACAAACCUGGAUUUCUUCCUUAAUGUUGCUCAAGUACAACUUCUUCAGCAGCUGAUACAAGCCAAUAUGGUUGGACUGGAACCUUCUAGUAGCACCACUGAGAUUUCCAAACAAGAGCGGAAAAAAGUGGAUGUGUCUGAUGGAGGAACAGUUGAGACUUCUUCCCGUUAUAGUGGGGCACAGGACAGUGGGAUUGGCAGCGACAGUGUUAAGAUCAGAAUCGUUCAGAUUGAGCAGCACAGUGGUACCAGCCAGCACCGCAUUGCCCGUCCUUCCCGCCAGUCUUCCAUCGUGAAGAAUCUCAAUUUCAUUCCCUUUGACAUUUUUGUUACAGCAAGUCGAAUCUCCUUGAUGACUUACUCAUGCAGUGCCUUACCUAAAUCAAAAUCAGUACAAGAUCAGAAAGAUGGUGAGAAAAUAAGCAAAAGCUCCUUGAACCUUCCAGAAGUGGGCUCUGGUGGCAGCCAUGAUACCAAGAAGCCCAGUCAGCCAUGCAUCUCAUCCGUCACAGCAGAUGAUCUUUUGAACAGUAAUGUUCCCCUGUCUACUGGGAGAAAAACGGGUCUUUUGUCACUGGAAAGUCUGCAUGCUUCCACAAGAUCGUCUGCUCGACAAGCCCUGGGUGUAACUAUUGUUCGUCAGCCUGGUCGCAGGGGAACUGGGGACAUAGAGCUACAGCCAUUUCUCUACCUCAUUGUAUCGCAGCCCUCUGUGCUCCUGAGCUGCCACCACAGGAAGCAAAAAGUAGAAAUAUCAGUUUUCGAUGCUGGUCUUAAAGGAGUAGCCUCAGACUACAAGUGUACAGAUCCUGGGAAGACUCUACCAGAAGCUCUGGAUUAUUGCAAGAUUUGGUUGCAGACGGUAGCAGGAGAGGUAGAUGCGAAGAGUGGUAUUCCACCUCCUCUUAUCACUGUGCAAAUUAAAGACUUCCUUAAUGGACCAGCUGACGUAAACGUGGACAUAUCAAAACCUGUGAAAGCAAAUUUCAGUUUUGUCAGACUUGAUCAAAUAAACCAGUUUUUGAAGAAAAUCAUAACCAGAAAUGGUGAUGAGCCCAAGAAGGAGGCUGCUCCGUCCGCUGGCAUUAAUCCGGAUGAGGAUGUCACUUCAAUAACCAAACACCCCAGUACAAAGGAUUUGCUAUCUGCAGUGCACACCAACACUGCGCAAAAGGCUACAGCACAAGAAAACUUGUGGCAAGCGCUUUCCUGCUUCCAGAAAAUUUCCAUUCACACCGUUCAAAUGGUUGUUUCAAUGGAAACCGUCCCACAUCCCAAUAAACCUUGUUUGUUAGUCUCUUUAUCAAACCUCACCGGGAGCCUGAAUAUUAAAAGUGGACAUAAAACUGCAGGAAUCCAUGGAUCAUCUUUUGUCCUUGACAUAAAAGAUUUCCUACUUAAAACAAGUCUCAGAGAAAAAGCCAGGUCUCUGAUGGGCCCUUUUUGCUGCUCUGUUAAUGUGGAAGCCAAGUGGUGUAAGCACAGUGGUGAUCCUGGCCCAGAGCAAUCUGUUCCAAAAAUAUACAUCGAUUUGAGAGGAGGACUGCUGCAGGUUUUCUGGGGUCAAGAGCAUUUGAACUGUUUAGUUCUUCUCCAGGAGCUUCUGUGGCAGUACCUCACUAAAAAGGGCAGUGUAGCGACAUUGAUAUCUGAACGUCCACACCACGCUUGUUUUUCUACGGAAAGGAAUCAAGCCUUCAAAACUGAGCAUACCUCAGAUGAUCUGAGAACAGGCCUGUUCCAAUAUAUACAGGAUGCAGAAGCACAGAAACUGCCCAGUGCCUAUGAAGUUGUGUUUUACAAUGAAACUGAGGAUAGUCCGGGCAUGAUGUUGUGGAGAUAUCCAGAACCCAGAGUGCUCACUCUUGUAAGGAUUAACCCCGUUCCUUUUAAUACCACUGAAGACCCAGAUAUUAGCACUGCUGACCUUGGAGAUGUUCUUCAGAUUCCUUGCAGCUUGGAGUACUGGGAUGAGCUUCAGAAAUCAUUUGUUGCAUUCCGGGAAUUCAGUCUCUCAGAAAGCAAAGUCUGUGAACUACAGCUGCCCAGUAUCAACCUUGUGAAGGAUCAGAAAGAGCUCAUAGCCUCCGAUCUGUGGAGGAUAGUCCUGAACAGCAAUCAGAAUGCGGCUGAUGACCAAAGCUCGGAAAGUGAAUCUGGCUCACAAAGUGCGUGCGAUCAGCUUGUAACGCCCACCGCAUUAGCAGCCUGUACCAGGGUUGACUCCUGUUUUACUCCUUGGUUUGUGCCAUCGCUAAGUGUGUUGAUCCAAGUUACUUAUUUGGAAGUCCACCUCUGCCAUCAUCUCGAUCAACUAGGCACAGCACCACCAAAAUUUCUUCAGCCAUUUUUAUCUGAUAAGAACAUGCCAUCUGAACUAGAAUACAUGAUAAUUUCCUUUGAUGAGCCUCAUGUAUAUCUUCGUCAAUGGAACGAUGAGUCAAUGUUCCAGGAGAUCCAGUUCUCAACUCAAGCCGACUGUAAACUGUUGGAGUGCCGAAACGUGACUAUGCAGAGUGUUGUGAGACCUUUCAAAGUCUGGGGACAGAUUGCUAUUUCCAGCAGCACAGUAGGAAGGCUAUUGGACUGCACGAUAAUGGUGGAUCCCAUUUUCAUCAACUUUGGCCAAUAUGCCCUUCAUUCUCUAAAUACAGCAAUUCAAGCUUGGCAGCAGAACCAAUGCCCUGAGGCAGAGGAGUUGGUCUUCAGCCAUUUUGUGAUCUGUAAUGACACACAAGAGACACUGCGGUUUGGCCAGGUGGAUACUGAUGAAAAUAUUUUGCUGGCUAGUCUCCACAGUCACCAGUACAGCUGGCGCUCUCACAAGUCCCCACAGCUGUUACACAUCUGUAUUGAAGGCUGGGGGAACUGGCGGUGGUCUGAACCAUUUAGUGUGGACAAUACAGGGACCUUUAUUCGUACCAUUCAGUACAAAGGCCGGACAGCAUCACUUAUUAUCAAGGUUCAGCAGCUCAGUGGAGUGCAAAAGCAAAUCCUAAUCUGUGGAAGACAGACAGUCUGUAGUUACCUUUCCGAAAGUAUUGAACUGAAAGUGGUUCAGCAUUACAUUAGUCAGGAUGGACAGGCUGUUGUUAAAGAACACAUGAACUGCCUUGCAGCCAAGCAGAAGUUGCCUUCAUAUGUCCUAGAAAACAAUGAGCUCACCGAGCUGAGUGUGAAAGCGACAGGAGAUGAAGACUGGUCCCAAGACGUAUGUCUAAGUUCUAAACAUACAGAACACAGCACUGUUAUUCAGGUACCAUCUUCAAAGAGUUCAAUUACAUAUGUGUGGUGCACAAUUUUGACUUUAGAGCCCAACUCUCAUGUGCAGCAGCGAUUAAUUGUUUUCAGCCCUCUUUUCAUUGUAAGGAGCCAUCUUCCGGACCCAAUUAUCAUACAUUUAGAGAAAAGAAGUCUGGGACUGAAUGAAACACAAGUGACUCCAGGAAAAGGACAGGAGAAAGAACUGCAAAAUAUAGAACCCGAUCUUACGCACCACCUGACGUUUCAAGCCAGGGAGGAAGAUGAUCCAUCAGAGUGCGCGGUCCCUAUCUCAACCGCGCUAAUUAAACAGAUAGCGACUAAAUCCCAUCCAGGUGGCAAUGUCAACCAAAUACUGUCCGAGUUCUAUGGCACCGCUAAUCCUCCCCAGCCUGCAUGGCCAUAUAAUAGGAAGGAUUCAGACAGCAAUGAACAACUCUCCCAAUGGGAUAGCCCAAUGCGGGUAAAGCUGUCGGUGUGGAAACCAUGUGUUAAAACUCUGCUGAUAGAGCUCCUGCCCUGGGCUUUGCUUAUCAAUCAGUCCAAGUGGGACCUCUGGCUGUUUGAAGGAGAGAAGAUCGUUCUUCAAGUACCUACUGGGAAAGUAAUUAUACCUCCCAAUUUCAAGGAAGCUUUUCAGGUUGGAAUAUACUGGGCAAACACUAAUACUGUGCACAAAUCAGUGGCAAUUAAACUGGUUCAUAAUGUGACCUCCCCGAAAUGGAAGGAUGCCGAUAAUGGAGAAGUGGUAACAUUGGACGAAGAAGGUUUUGUUGAAGCUGAAAUAAAACUUGGUGCUUUUCCAGGUCAUCAAAAGUUGUGUCAAUUCUGCGUUUCUUCGAUGGUUCGACAAGGUAUACAAAUUCUGCAGAUAGAAGAUAAGACAACAAUAAUCAAUGAUACCUCAUACCAAAUCUAUUAUAGGCCACAGCUUUCUAUUUCCAAACCACAUUCAGGAGAAGAGGACUUCCACUCACCAGACAGUACGGUGUUCAGCGUCAGCCCAGCCGGGGCACCACCCAGCGAGAUGCUGAACGCCGUGCCCUGCUGGGACCUGAUGUCAGACACCGGUCCCUUAGCGGCGGGGGAGCCCCCCACUGAAAAGCGCGUGCUGCUGAGCUUCAGUCCAGGCGGCUGCGCGGGCAGUGGCGAGCUGUGGAGCCUACCGGCUGUCAUUAAACAGGAGUUUCCUAGACAGAGUGUGGCGGUGCCCACAGGGGUUUGUGGUGAAAGUGGAUUUUGUACCAGAGCUAUAGCACUGACUUAUCAAGAGCAUCUUGGCGUGACGUACCUAACACUUACAGAAGAUCCUAGUCCUCGUAUAAUUAUUCACAAUAGGUGCUCCGUUCCACUGCUUGUAAAAGAGAACUUCAAAGAUACACCAAAGUUUGAAGUUUAUUGUAGAAAGGUUCCAGCUCAAUGUUCGGUUCAUCAUGAACUUUACCAUCAAGUCUCCAGCUAUCCAGAUUGCAAAACAAGAGAUUUGCUGCCCAGCAUUCUUCUGAAAGUGAUGUCGUCCAAUGAAUUAGUAAAUGAAUGGAGUGAUAUUGUGGACAUCAACAAUCAAGGAACACAAAUUGUGUUCUUAACGGGCUUUGGCUAUGUUUAUGUGGACAUUGCUCAUCAGUGUGGAACAAUAGUUAUAACCUUGGCCCCAGAAGGAAGAGCAGGACCCGUCGAGAUCAACCUCAACAGAAGUCAAGAGCAGACCCUGUCACUGAAAAUGUUCAUCAGUCAGUUAAGUCUUGCUGCAUUUGAUGAUAUUACAAACCACAAAGUAUCAUCUGAACUUCUGCGUCUCACAGCAGACAACGUUUUCCUCCACAUGGCUCCAGCCACCAGCUACCUGAGAUCCUUGUCACAGGAGUUCCAGCGGGAUGCCAUGGAAGGCCUCCCACAAUUUCAUAGUCUCCAAGUGUAUUGUGAAGACUUGCAACUGGACAAUCAGUUGUACAGCAAAUCCAAUUUCCACUUUGCAGUCCUGCUGUGCCAAGGAGAGAAAAAUGAGACCGUGCAGUGGUCCAGAGUGAACAACCUCAUUGUUUGUAAUAAAGAUUUGGAAAGCUAUAAGGAAAACUGCUUUAUAAAACUCUGCAUUGCUUUUUCCGAGGAAGAGAAUUUCGUGUUUCACGUGAAUGACCUCAGCUUUGAGCUCAAACCAGCUAGGCUGUAUGUGGAAGACACCUUUGUUUACUACAUUAAGACUCUGUUUGAUACAUAUCUUCCAGAAAACAAAACUGCUUGUCGAUCCAUGAAUACUUCAGAUACUACCCUGAUACUGCCUGAACAAGUGAGAGAGCAUGCAAGAGCUUUAGUCAAGCCAGUGAAGUUAAGAAAAUUAACAAUACAACCUGUUAAUCUUCUUGUCAGUAUUCAUGCUUCGUUGAAACUGUAUAUAGCCUCAGAUCACACCCCUCUCUCCUUCUCUGUGUUUGAACGAGGACCCAUCUUCACCACUGCCAGGCAACUUGUCCAUGCCUUGGCCAUGCAUUAUGCUGCUGGAGCACUUUUCAGAGCAGGCUGGGUUGUUGGAUCGUUGGAAAUUCUCGGAAGCCCGGCUAGUCUGGUGAGAAGCAUAGGGAACGGCAUAGCCGAUUUCUUUAGGCUCCCUUAUGAAGGGCUGACCAGAGGCCCAGGAGCAUUUGUCAGUGGAGUUUCCAGAGGAACAACAUCAUUUGUAAAACACAUUUCCAAAGGUACACUGACGUCAAUUACCAAUCUGGCAACAAGUCUUGCUCGGAAUAUGGAUAGGCUGUCACUGGAUGAGGAGCAUUACAACAGACAAGAAGAAUGGAGGAGGCAGCUUCCAGAGAGCCUGGGAGAAGGACUGAGACAGGGGCUGUCUCGUUUAGGCAUUAGCCUUCUAGGUGCAAUCGCUGGGAUUGUGGAUCAGCCAAUGCAGAAUUUUCAGCGAGUGUCCGAAGCCCAAGCUUCAGCUGGGCAUAAAGCCAGAGGGGUCAUCUCGGGUGUGGGGAAGGGAAUCAUGGGCGUCUUCACAAAGCCCAUCGGAGGGGCAGCUGAGCUCGUCUCCCAGACAGGUUACGGUAUUUUGCAUGGAGCUGGACUUUCUCAGCUUCCCAAGCAGCGCUCUCAUCCAAAUGAUCAACAUGUUGAGCAGGCUCCAAAUAGCCACGUCAAAUAUGUCUGGAAAAUGCUGCAAUCCCUAGGAAGGCCGGAGGUCCAUAUGGCCUUAGACGUCAUGAUUGUGAGUGGCUCAGGCCAGCAGCAUGAAGGCUGCUUACUGCUCACCUCGGAGGUGCUUUUCGUGGUCAGUAUCAGUGAAGACACGCAGCAGCAGGCAUUCCCCGUGACUGAAAUCGACUGUCUGGAAGAUGAUCAGCAAAAAGACCUGCUGAAGGUGCAGCUAAAACAACAGAGAGUGCCUUCCGAUUUGGAGGCAGAUGGAGCUAGAGAGAGACUAUCAGAACAACAAUACAACCGCCUUGUGGAGUACAUCACAAAGACAUCUUGUCACCUCCCUCCCAGCACCGCCCCAGUGCCAGCUUUGCAAGCUGUAGCUACCGAACACCUUCCAACUAUAAUGAAAACAUAUCAAUAUGUAGUUGAUCCAAAUUUUGCCCAAGUAUUCAUUAGCAAAUUCACCAUGGUGAAAAAUAAAGCCUUGAGGAAAGGAUUUAAUUAGUAAUUAUUUGUGGUGAGUAUAGUAACACCUUACGGGUUUGAAAGUAAUGUUUUCUCUGCAGUAACCUACUUCAAGUGGAGAUGCGUGUAAUUUUUGAGGAGGUAGGAGAUAAUAACAAAGCCCAAUAGCUUUUCUAAUCUUGACAACAUUCCUGCUUCCUCACCACGAUACUAGUGCUGGAAGGAAAGUGUUCUAGCAAACGAAUAAAGUGAAAAGGAACAGCCUUGGACUAUAGCUCAAUCAAAAUCCUUUUUCUUUUCAAUAACCAAAAAUCAGAGAAUAAGGAAAAAUUGCGUGCGUACAGACAUCUUUGCCAGACACACAAAAUGUGUAUCAAUACCUACUCUAUCAUAUUUUAGGGUCUGCCAGUUUCUGUUAUAAACCAGGUUUAUAACUCAGCUGUAAAAACUUGCUCAAGGCCGAGCCUACACACACACACACACACUUCCCCCAGCAUCUACGUCCUGAGGCAAAACAUUUUCCCCCACUAAAUCUGAAAAACCCGGUGUGGCUGGUUUAAGUUACUAGUGACAGCUGGGUUUUAGCACCACUUUAACCUUAAAAUAGCUUCCUUUAUUUGACUGAAGUUUUGCAGGACAUUAGUCCUUAAUGUAAACUAGUGCCUUUGUGUGGUUUGGAGAACAAAACAUGAACUACAACAUGAAUUUAUUUUUCAAACUCUCUGUAUACAGAAACUUUAUUUUAUCCACCAUCAAAUUUUCAGAAGGACUUUAAAUGUAUAUAUGACAUUGUGCAUUGUCUGGUCGUUAGCUGGAAGCCAGUAACAUGCAGUUCAAAAAUUUAAGCAGAGCUCCGUCUCCUUGAAAUCUACCAAAAAGCUGUAAGCUCAAUGUAACAUAGAUGUGCAGGUGUUAAGUACGACUUCGUUGGGUCUCGCUUACUUCUGAUCUGCCACCACUACACAGUAUGUACUCACUUAAGCCCUAAUUCAGUUUACUUUCAUCAUCUUUGAACAGCUAAAAGCAGGGAUAUUUAGAAACAUGACUUCGCAAAUAUGUUUGUGCCAAGCAAAGUGAGAUCAUUUUUUUUCAAGUUGGUCGAAAAGUAUGGACCUACAGGCUUCAAUUACAUCAAUAGUUAAUGACACCGUCACGAUAUACUUACGAAUAUGAUGUUAAACACAUCAAGACAAAUGAGCUUUCCAAGUGUCUUAUUUUUCAGCUAUUUUACAGUUUGUAGUAGACAAGAAAUCACUGUCUCUGGGUACAGUUAAGAUUACUUUAUACAACAAAUCUGGCUAUGGCAGCUUUAAAAAUCAAAAGCUUACUUGGUUUUCAACUAUGUAUGUUACUUUUCUCUCCUUUUCUGUGUACUUACGGAAAUGAAUUUUGUAUGGGGAUUCCUAAACAUGGUCGGAAUUGGAGACAAGAACUGGAAUAAAAUCUGAUCAUCAUUUGGAGCAGAUACAUAUGCUUUAUAGUUAAUAACUUCUAUGCAUACUUGAUAUGACCAAAUGCACAGUAAAUAAGAAUGUAGUAACUGCAAUGUUUUUCUCGUGAGUUCUGUUUUGUUAAUAGCUAUUUCUAAAAGCCGUGUCUUUUGUGUACUGAAAAUACAGAAGCCUGGGAUCUGCAUUGUCUUUCCUGAAUGUGAAACAAGCCCGUCCGUUAUCAACAUUUCAUACAGUGAUUUAAUAAUUUAGUCAUUGUUUAAAUAACACUAUUUAAAUAAUGUAUAUGUAUAUACACAUACGCUUCAUUCCUGAAUAUUUUAUGGAAAUAGUUUAAUACUUCUAAUUUUGCAUAUUGGUGGAUAAAUUGUAAUAUAAUGAGAUUGUUUAAAGAUAAUAAAGCUAUUCC